ACUGUUUAGUCCUCGUCGUUCAGUCAAACUGAUGCGAUGGAGCUUCGCGAAAUGAAUAUCGCGACGGCCGAAGAAACAGCCGAGCUCCUGCCCAGUAAUUUCGACGGGGACGAAAGUUAUUUUAUUGAAUAUGCUAUACAAAAAGAAAUUAUUAAUCGUAAUCGUAUUGCUGCUAGUCGUAGAUUAUUAAGUCAAACUGGUGUUGUUCAACAAGCUGAUGGUAAUUCAACAAAUUCAAAUCUACCAAAGGAUUUUCCAGUGAUAACUUUUGUUCAUGCUGGUCCAAAUUGGCCACCUUCAAGAAAACGUGAAGAAGCAAGAGCUCUUGAAAAUUUACGUAAACGCGUUGGACAAUCAAAAUUACAUAAAACAUUACCAAAAUUAAUAAAUCCAUUGGAAUUAUCAUCAUCAGCAUCAUCAGCAAUUGGACAAAUUAAUAUUGAAGAAAAUCAGCAAAUUGAAAAUCGUCCAAAACUUUUAAAAAAAAUUUUAGGUAAAAAACCAAUGAGUAUAUGUCAUGAUAUAAGUGAUUUGGAAACCGAUUGGUUGGACAGUGAAUUUAUAACAGAAUGUCUUUGUUGGCACAAUGUUUAUCGACAACGUCACAAUGCACCAACUUUAACAAUGUCACCAGAGUUGUGUGAACAUGCACAAUCAUGGGCAAAUCAUUUGGCUCAUACAAAUACAUUUUAUUAUCGUAAUGAUCGUGAAAUUGGACAAAAUCUUUAUUGUCGUCCUGGUGGUAGACCUGUACCAAGUGAUGUUACAGGCCAGGAUGUAUCAUCAUAUUGGUAUUCAGCUGUUAAACAAUAUGAUUUUUAUUCUGAGCUUGAUGUACUACAUACAAAUGUCAAUGCAGGUCAUUUUACUCAGCUAAUUUGGGCAAGCAGUAGAUUUUUUGGUGUUGGAAAAGCACGUAGUCGAAGUGGAAAAAUAAUAGUUUGUGCAAAUUAUAAACCAAUUGGUAAUGUUGCUGGACAAUUUCAAAGAAAUAUACAACCACCAUUACCUGAUUGUGCUAAUAUGCCAAAUCCACCACCACCACGUAUUCGUCAAUAUGAACAAACAUCAUCUGAUAUGUCAACAAGUAGUAAUAGCUCAACCAGUACACAAUAAUAUAAAUUGAGCUUUAUUGUUUAUUUUUGUUUAUUUUUAAAUUGCCAAAUAUAGGUAGGUAAUUUCAUGAUUUAUUUCAUUAUGAUAUUGUAAAAAAAUUAUUAUUAAAAGCUCGCAAUUAUAUUUGCUUGUUUUAAUUUGGUAAAAUAUGUAUAGUAAAUUUGAAGCUAUUAUUUCAUUGUGUUGAAAAAAGAAAAAAAUUAAAAUUAGCUCAAAUUAAAUAAACGUUUAAAUAUUUUCAUAUAAAUUUUUUUUUAGUUGAUUAAUUAACGCGACUACAAUCGUAAAAAAUCAUUCAAAUUUGUAACUAGAUAUCAUUAAUAAAUUAAAAAUGCGAAUCAAAUCAAUUAUUAAAAAAAAAAAUAUAAAAAUUUUUGCUCAUCAUCAGUGUGACAUGCAAUAGAGCAAAUAAAAAAAAGGAAAAAAAUUAUGACGGUGCCUCUAAUUUUAAGAAAGUCAAAUUUCAUACUAAACGAUUACAGAAAAAAAUUUUUCAUAAAUAAUAAAAUAAAAAUUAAUUAAAAAAAAAUUCUAGUAAAUUAAUUAUUAUAAAUAUCGUUAUAAUUGUUAGAAAAAAAAAAUAUAGAAUCAAAUAUUUUAUAAAAUUAAAUUUUUUAAAAGUCAUUAUUAAUAAUUUAUAAAUUUAUAAAUAAAAAAAUUAUAUCAUUGUUAAAUUUUUAUUUACCAAUUUCACAUGUAGCCUUAAAAAUAAAUCAUUAAAAUUAAUUGCAUAAUGAUAACACCAGUGAGCUUAUUAAUAUUAUUUUUAUGCUGAAAAAAAAAAAUGCAUUAAUAAUAUUUAAUUGAUAAAAAAACAUAAUAAAAUAUAAUUUAAUAAUAAAUCAUUAUUAUAAAUAUGAAAAAGAAAGCUGUGUGAUAAAAUUAAAAAUAUUAUAAAAAUAUUUGCAAAGUAGAAAAGCUUUUUUUUUUAGAUUUAAAAAAAUGCAAUUAUGUUGGUUUCAAAGUGGCCUAAAAAAUAAUCACAUAAUCAACGAAAUUAUAAUUUAUAAAUUAAAUUAAAUUACCAUGAUUAUGAGAUAUUUAAUUAAUAAUUAAUCCUACUAUUAAUAACAACAAUCAAAUAACUUAAAUUUACUAAAUAAUCUCAUGAAAAUUAAAUUAUAAAAAUAUAUUAUUAAUAAUUAUAAAUUAAAUAUAUAUUUAAUUAACAUCAUGGCUAUGGAUAAUUUGAGUGUAAAAUAAAUUAUCAUGUUAAUGAUAUAAAUGUGCUUUUGAUUAAUUAUUUUUUUAGCUAACAUAAAACAAUGACAGUCACAAACUUGGGCUAAUAAAUUUAAGUAAUUAACAACAGUUUGAGUUGGGUCAAUACACAUUGAGUUAGAUAAACAUUCAAGCUUUCAAGUUUUCAAUUUAAUUUAAAUAAUUUAUUAUAUAAAUAAAUACUGUUUAUUUAUGUAUUUAUUUAUUUAUUGAAUUAAAUAUAUAAAAAACAAAAAAAAGCACAUGAUAUUUUGAAGAAAAAAACUUGUUCAAUUUAUCAAAGAUAAAAUAAUUAUUGUUUAAUUUUUUGUUUAUUUAUUUUUUAUAUUUAUCAGGAUUCUCAUGAUCAUUUUCAAAAUAUUAUUUCAAAUACCUGCAAUGCGCCAAUCUUUAUCUACCCCUCCUUUCUGCUAUCAACAUCAUCACACCCUAUUUUUGUCCUUUCAUCUGUUAAUUUUCUUAUCACUAAAAUCUCAUUUGAAUAUCAAUAUAAAUAUCAUAAAUAAUAUAAAAAUAUUGUUUAAAUUUUUAUUAUUUAAAUUUAUUGAUUAAUACUUUGUUUAUAAUUUUUCUUGGCUAUUUAGAACAUCAUUUAUUAUUUUUAACAAAUCAAAUAUUUUAGAUUAAUUUUUUUCUUUUUUAUAAAUAAAUUAUAGUAUUAAAAUUAAUGUUUUAUGUAGUAUCUAUUUAUAAUACAUAUCCACAAUUUUUAUCAUUUUUUCACGAACCGUAAUAUAGAGAAAAAAAAUAAACGAAAUGAUUGAGAAAUAUUUUCUAUGUGAAUAUUGAUAAUAAAUUUAAAAAAAAAAAAAGUUUCAUCAUUUUUUUUUCACUAAUGCUUUUAUAAAUAUAGUCGAAUAUUCAAUAUUAUAAUAUAAAAUAAAAAAAGAUUUUUAAAUUAUUUAUAAGACGAGCGAUUGAAAAAAAAAUAAAAUAAAUAAAAGUAAUAAUAAUUGAUGUUAUAUACGAUAAAAUAAUAAAACGCGCAAAAAUUUUUUUAUUAUUAAAGAUGGUAUGAUAGUAAUUAAAAAAAAAAAAAAAAGUGUAAUGGGCUGUGAUUAUCUCGAUGAUUAUCUGUUGUUGAAAUCAGAUUUAAAAAAAUAUUAUGUUUAUUAAUAAAUUAGCUAUAUAUUUGUCAAUCAUAAAAUAUUAAUUUCAUAGUUGUUUAUAGCAAUAAUAAUAUUGUUAAAUGAUUUAAAAAAUAUUUAUAAUAAAUUGUUGUAUAGAUUAAAGAUAUUAUUUGUUAUUUAAUUAAUGUUUUAUAAAUUUAAUCAAAUAUCUUGUAAAAUAAAAAUUGUUAUCUCAAUAAAAAAAAAUCAUUUCUUUCAAGUAUAAAA